GACCUCAGAGGAUCAGAUCAGAGGAUCAGACCAGGUUCACACCGAGACCACAUCACUGGAAGUCAGCGGACAGAGAAGAACCAACACCAGAGACCCAGAGAACUUCACUUCAGCCUCCAAACCUGAGCUGACGGUGUUUCCAGGUGUUUCCAGGUGUGCGUGGCGGGGACAGUGAGCAGCAUGGCGGUGGGCCUGCAGGUUGUGGGUCUGCUUCUGGGCGUGGUGUCCUGGUGUCUGCAGUCCAGCUGCACCUCCUCUCAGGUGUGGAAGGUGAGGAGUCAGCUGGAGUCGGUGAGCAGCAGUCAGUGGCAGUUUGAAGGUCUGUGGAUGAGCUGCGCCGCCACGUCACUGGGAUCCCUUCAGUGCAGCCGGUUCAAGACGGUGCUGGGACUGCCGGCUCACCUGCAGGCCUGCAGGGCUCUGAUGAUCCUGUCCCUGCUGGUCGGUCUGGCCUCCAUCGUCGUCUCCGUUCUGGGACUCAAGUGCACCAAGAUCGGCAGAACCUUGGAGCACGCCAAAGACCAGAUGGCCCUGACCGGAGGAGUCCUGUUCAUCCUGUCCGGUGUCUUCACUCUGAUCGCAGCGUCCUGGUACGCCGCCAGAGUCAUCCACGACUUCUACAACCCGCUGUACGGAGGAGUCAGGUUCGAGCUGGGUACUGGUCUGUAUCUGGGCUGGGCGGCGUCCUGUCUGGCCAUACUGGGAGGGUCUCUGCUCUGCUGCUCCUGCAGGAAGACGUCCUCCACCGCCGCUGCUGCACGGCAGUUUACGUACAACUUGUCCACUACGAGUCGAGGACAGAAGAUCUACAGAGCGGCUCCGGCCUCAGACAGCAGCAGCUCCAAAGCUUACGUCUAAACCUCUUCAACACUUCCUGUCUGAUGUAACAGCGAAGCGCUGAGCGCGACCACGUCACGAUCCAAUUCAACAUGACGUCGCUGGAUUUGAAAGAAUCCUCUGAUUUUUUUUUUUUGUGAAAGCAAAAUGAAAUGUUUAGUUUUAGGAGUUUUAUUGUGAAGGGCACUCGUGUUUUGAUCGCUGCGUGAAUCUUUUUGUUCUGUUGAUGUCGCUGAGAUCUCAUCACUUCAAAAGAUUUCCACACCAUCCGGCUCGUUCCACCUCAGGAGUUUUAUUUUGAAAAUGUUGUAAAUAAAUGUUUCCUGAAUCUG